AUGUGCAACGACGACAACAAUAGCCCCACCCCCCAGCCCCCACCAGCUGGCGCCAUCGCGGCUGAUGAGUUCACCGACGACAAUUCCUCAUUGAAUGGUGGUAGCAUCGCGUCGUCCACCUCGACUGUAGCGGCCUCGAUUCUUGAAUCUAGACUAGAGAACGGGAGAACGUACCACAAGUACAAAGAAGGGAAGUACUGGGCACCUAACGAUGAGAGAGAGAAGGACAGACUCGACCUUGUGCAUAAUCUCUACCUUUUGACUUUUGACUACUAUCUCGGAACUGCGCCGCCAACUCGAGAGGACUCGAAAGUCGGUCGCGUGCUCGACGUCGGCACAGGCACCGGCCUCUGGGCAAUCGAAUUCGGAGAGGACCACCCCGAGGCUGAGACGAGCUUCUCUUGCAGAAUCGCUGAUGAGAUUAUUAGCGUACCUCCGAAUGUUCGGUUCGAGAUCGAUGACAUCGAGGAACCAUGGACUUUCAGUGAGCCCUUUGACUACAUUCACAGCAGAAUGAUGAAGGGCAGCAUUCGCGACUGGAAGAAGUUCCUCCAAAGCAGUUUUGAUAACCUCAACCCUGGUGGAUAUCUCGAACUGAACGAUAUCGAUUUCUUCCCCUUGUCUGAUGACAACACGAUUCCCGAGGACAGUAAGCUCAUGAAGGCCUUUGGGUAUUGCUUUGAGGCUCUCGAAAAGAUGGGAUCGCCUUUUGAAGAGUUUAGCCGCUUCGAGACCCUGCUCGCCGAGGUUGGAUUUGAAGACAUUCAGGUGCAGCGUUUCAAGUGGCCCACAAACACGUGGCCCAAGGAUAAAAAGCACAAGGACCUGGGCGAGUGGAACCUCGAGAACCUUUCGCCCAACUUGGACGGUCUUCUCAUGGCGCCGCUGACGCGAGCUCUGGACAUGAGCCAGGCAGAGGUCCACGUUAUUGCGAUGGAGGCUCGUAAGGAGCUCACGGAUAGACAGAUCCACGCUUACUUCAAUGUGUGGUCGAUUCAUGGACGCAAACCAGCGGCGGCGGCGGCGAACUGA